CUCAUUUGCUGCUUCUGAUAUAAAAGUUUCGAGAUCGCCAAAUGUGUUUGAUCCUUAGACUGAUCCAGCUUUCGCAGGAAAUCAAUCUCAAAAACCACUUCAUUUUUAUCAGCUCUCUUAAAGUCGCACUCUUCUACAAUUACUGUUUUCCAUGAUGAAGCUUACUUUAUCUCUGCCUGUCCUAAUCAUUCUAGGCAAAUUUGUCUUUGCACAAGCUUACCUCAUGCGAGACUUAGAUUUUACUAGACCGUUGCCGUUGAGAAUAGAAUUGAAUAGCAGACCAAGAAGAACCUGUAUUGACCAUAACGGAAGAUGCGCCUUGAUUACGUACAAUGUCGCUGAUAGAAAAUAUAUUCGAGUAUUAGAUACAACCUGCAACUGUGACGAAGGCACCGAGUGCUUAUACGACAGAGAUAUACUGACCGACUGUGAAGGAAAUGAGGAUUGCUUACUUAGCAGGAAUCUGCUUUUUAAAUUUCAAUCUCUCUGCCUACCAAUAUGUUUGCAAGCCUAA